AAAAAGUGAAAGAGCAAGAAGAGAGAAGAGACAUAGAUUAAAGAAAGAAUAAUGGUGUCCUGGGUUCGGCUCUUGCUACUAGUGGCCUUCCUGCUUCCUGCACUCGUUGAAUGCAGGAUUCGUCACUACAAGUUCAAUGUGGUGAUGAAGAACACAACGAGGCUCUGCUCAACCAAGCCCAUCGUCACAGUGAACGGGCGGUUCCCAGGACCCACUCUCUAUGCCAGGGAAGAUGAUACCGUGCUCGUCAAGGUCGUCAACCAUGUCCAGUACAACGUUACCAUCCACUGGCAUGGCAUCCGGCAGCUUCGCACAGGCUGGGCAGAUGGGCCGGCCUACAUCACACAGUGCCCCAUACAGCCAGGCCAAAGCUACGUCUACAACUUCACCAUUACGGGCCAAAGAGGCACGCUUCUGUGGCAUGCGCAUAUCCUCUGGCUAAGGGCUACUCUCCAUGGUGCCAUCGUUAUCUUGCCCAAGCAUGGCGUUCCUUAUCCAUUCCCCACACCCCACAAGGAAGUGGUCGUCAUCUUAGGUGAGUGGUGGAAGUCCGACGUUGAAGCUGUGAUCAAUGAGGCUCUCAAUUCUGGUCUGGCACCAAAUGUUUCAGACGCACACACAAUUAAUGGCCAACCAGGGCCAGUCCCUACCUGCCCUUCACAGAGUGGAUUCAAUUUGAAGGUAGAGCCUGGCAAGACAUACAUGCUACGCAUCAUCAAUGCUGCACUGAAUGAAGAGCUCUUCUUCAAGAUCGCCGGACACAAGCUGACGGUCGUCGAGGUUGAUGCCGUCUACACCAAGCCUUUCAAGACCGAUACCAUAGUCAUCGCCCCCGGCCAGACCACAAACGUCCUCCUGGAAACGGGCCGCGGCUCCGGGAAGUACUUAGUUGCUGCCUCCCCUUUCAUGGACUCGCCUAUUGCCGUCGACAACAUGACUGCAACCGCCACCUUACACUACUCUGGCACCCUUGCUACAUCGGCGACCACUCUCACCAAUCCUCCUCCUCAGAAUGCCACCCCUGUAGCAUCCAACUUCAUCGACUCACUCCGUAGCUUGAAUUCGAAGGAGUAUCCCGUCAAAGUCCCACUGACCGUGGAUCACUCUCUUCUGUUCACCGUUGGCCUCGGCGUCAACCCAUGCUCCACCUGUCCUAAUGGGAUCCGAGUAAUUGCAGACAUCAAUAACGUAAGCUUCGUCAUGCCGACCACCGCGCUGCUCCAGGCACAUUACCUCAACAUAAGCGGAGUGUUCACCGAUGAUUUCCCUGCCAACCCACCCAUAUCGUUCAAUUACACGGGCACCCAGCCGGCCAACUUACAGACUAUGAACGGGACAAAGCUUUACAGGCUGCGUUACAACGAUACAGUACAGCUUGUGUUGCAGGACACAGGGAUGAUAGCCCCAGAGAACCAUCCCGUCCAUCUGCAUGGCUUCAAUUUCUUCGCAGUCGGAAGGGGAUUGGGAAACUACAAUCCGAAGACAGAUCCUGCCAAAUUCAACCUCGUCGACCCCAUCGAGAGGAACACCAUCGGAGUACCGUCAGGUGGUUGGACUGUCAUCAGAUUCAGAGCCGAUAACCCAGGUGUUUGGUUCAUGCAUUGUCAUCUGGAAGUGCACACGACGUGGGGUCUGAAGAUGGCAUUCGUGGUGGACAACGGAAAAGGCCCCAAUGAAUCCCUGUUGCCACCUCCAAGCGACCUACCCAAAUGCUAAGCAAGCCGAAGGCUUCACAUACAGUUCUAUUGUUUUGACAAGUCUUCAGUAGGGGAAGAAAAGGAAGAAGGAUUAAAGGUGUUGAUGAAGAGGUAGAAGAUGAAGGAAUUAAAGGUGUUGAUGCCUGGUUUAUUCCCCCUCAGGUUCAAUGGAGGAGCUGCUUAGGCCGAGUUUGAAUAAUAAAACCAAGAAACCUUUUUUUUUUUUUUUGUAUAAUGUUUUCAUAUUCACAAGAUUGCAAUGUGUAUUUAUGUAUCCAUCAACUGAAACUUUCCAAGUGAAAAAGUAUCUUCACAACUUUUCAAUAUAUUGGAUAUUCAGCUUUAUCCU